AUGUCUGGUGGGAGAGAUAAGUGGGAGAAACGAUAUUUCAAGGUCGUCCGGAGAUUCGGUCAAGGGAACAAGGUCGAAGACCUCAUGAUUGCGAUCACCCAAGAUGUCCAACUCAUUGUCAACAAACAUGCAGUUAAUUCUGCCACACCAGAGCAAAAGGCCAUCAUCGACGAAAUAAAGUGUCUCCCGUCCUCAAUGUCUGAAGAAAAAAGCUCGCGUAUGAGUUUUAACACCCAGCGGAGGGGAGUCCUUGGUGGCAUGGGUGUUGCCGGCAAGACCCAGCUUACGAUCGCUUACGCGGAGUCACGGUCUCGAUCUUAUAGCUCGGUGUUUUGGAUGAAUACGGCGUCUGAGGCCGCAUUGAAAGAUAGUUUUCGAUCGAUUGCCGGCCUCAUCUUCGACGUUCAGGAUCCCAGACUCCUAGAGAGCAAAGUAAUUAUUGGACGUGUACAUCAGGGGCUGUCUGAUUCCACAAAUACAGGAUGGUUAUUGAUCUUUGAUAACUAUGACGACCUGAGCAUGUUUGAUAUCAACGAGUAUUAUCCACCUGCUUCCCAUGGGGCUAUCAUGGUCACCACCCGGCGCCCGGAUCUUGUUGCUGGAGAGAAACGCUGGAACAUUGACCCGCGCCGGCCCCUACAGCUACAGGAGUAUGACCUACAGCUACAGGAGUAUGAGGAGCGCACGCUCUACACGACCUGGGAUGCCUACUUCAAUAACCAGGGCCUUUGGUACAGGCUGUUCCACGCUGGCCUUUCCGAUAGUUCUCCCAGCUGGGUACGUAAAAUUAUCGCAGACGAUGUUAACUUGAAUGGAAUGAUGAGAAUCCUGACCGAAUGCUACUUCCUAGAAGUUGAGCCGGCGUUGGAAUCAUGGAGCAUGCAUAACUGCGUGCACGACUGGACAUUGGCAGUACUGAACAAGGAUAUCAAUACACAGCCAGCAUUAUUGGUACGCUGUUAA